CUAAGAGUUAGGCCUCAACUAUUUGUGUCUCUUCAUCUACAUUUUGCACAUACGGGGAUGGCGAGUACGAGAAUCACAAACCUUCAGAAUGUCGUUAAACAAGUGCCGCUUAUUCAGACUCCUCAGCAGAGCGCUGCAGCACAGGGAGCCGUUCAGAUGAGGAUAAAAAGCUCCCAGAGCUCCGGAGACCGUCUGAGCCAGUCCAAGUCCAUGGUCCUGCAGGACUCUGACCUUCCUCAGAAACCUCUGUCUCGACAUCGCAGGAAUCAAUCCCAGCACGGUGUGGUUCUUUCAGUAGCAACAGCAUUCGAACCACUGGUGGACCUGAAAGGUGAACACCUGAACGUCGCUAAGAUCUCAGACAACGGUAAGAAGCAGAGGAAGAACUGGACUUCGAUGUGGACUGUGCUGACCACAGAUGAACUGCUGCUGUAUAAAGACAAACAGGAAACUGGUGUGAAACCAGGAGGUAAAACGGAUGUGGUUCAGCUUUGUGGGGCCGUCAUUGAGUGGGCAGCGGAGAAGUCAAGCAAGAAAAAUGUCUUCCAGAUCACAACUAACACAGGAAGUGAAUACCUCAUCCAGGCUGACAGCUUCCCCACUGCCAGCAAAUGGCAUGAAGCCAUCAGAAAAACUGUCGACUCAUCAACGAGAGAGGGCAGAGGCUUUGCUCUGCGGAGGUCCAACAGCUCAGAGUUACUGUCCAGGCACAGCUCCUUACCUGGACACGGMUCCGUCUCACCCAACAUGAAGCAAAGAAACCCAGUUCACAGACGCUCCAUCAACGUGUUUGGAGGCUCGAAGCUGAAACACAGCGCCUCAGACAGUGCAGACAAGAAUGGAGUGAAGAACAGACUGAAGAAGUUCAUCAUCAGACGUCCGUCCAUGAAGACAUUGCAGGAGAAAGGCCUCAUCAAAGACCGAGUAUUUGGUUGCCACCUGCUGACGCUCUGCGAUCGUGAAGGAACCACAAUUCCKAAAUUUGUAAGGACUUGUUUAGAAGCUGUUGAGAAACGAGGUCUAGACGCAGACGGGAUCUAYAGGGUCAGUGGAAAUCUGGCCACAAUCCAGAAACUUCGCUUCAUUGUUGACCAAGAGGAAGAGCUGGACCUGGACCACAACCAGUGGGAGGACGUCCACGUCAUCACAGGAGCUCUGAAGAUGUUUUUCCGUGAGCUGCCGGAGCCGCUGUUCCCCUUCAGGUUCUUCCAGCAGUUUGUGGAGGCAGUCAAGAUUAAAGAAACCAAACAGAAAACUCAGGCUGUGAAGAAACUGAUCCAUCAGCUGCCGAAGCCCAACCAUGACACCAUGAAGCUGCUCUUCAGCCACCUGCAAAAAGUUCUGGCUUUUUCAAGGAAGAAUCUGAUGUCCACUCAGGGUAUCGGUAUUGUGUUUGGACCAACACUGAUGUGGCCUGAGCUGGAUGCAGGAAACAUGGCGGUCAACAUGGUUUACCAGAACCAGAUCGUGGAGUUCAUCCUAAUCGAGAGCCGRGAGAUCUUUGACCUGGGCAGGAUGUGAGACGGGCAGGAAGUCAGAUCAGACUGAUGGACUCGGAUCCACUCAUCACCAGAAAAUCAUCCAACUGAUGAAGUGUUUGGGUGC